GGUUGAAGGUCGGUCCGGACGUCGGACCCAGCUCGGUUGCCGGACUGUCCGGGCGGCAGUGGACGCCGCCGCCGCCGCCGCCGCCUUCUCGUAGCCUCAGCCUGGCGUUUUGUUCCGAGAGACCCGAGAGGCGAGCGCAGCUGACAGUGAUUUUGACAGUGAUUUAAACCCGCUUUUGUUGUUGUUGCUUUUCGUUGUUUGAUUUUGUGUGCUGUGCGUGUGUGUGGCGGUUUUUCCCCCCUCCCGUGGUGCAUUUUUUUUUAUUAUUAUUGUUGUGCUCUUUUUUCCUCUCUCUCUCUUUUUUUUUUUUAAACCGUGAACAUUAUCAUUAUUAUUUUUUUUUUUCCUGCUCGGGGCUUCCGACUAUGUUUUAUGACGGUUGAUUUUACACCAGGAGGUUUGUCUCCGAGGAAGACCCAGGGGACUGGCUAUCUAGCGAGAACUUGCUACGGCUCUCCCCAGCGCCUCGGGAAAAUGGGAGCUGCUGCAAAGUUGGCGUUCGCCGUCUUUCUUAUCUCUUGUUCUUCAGGUGCUAUUCUUGGUAGAUCAGAAACUCAGGAGUGUCUUUUCUUUAACGCUAAUUGGGAGAGAGACAAAACUAAUCAGACUGGUGUUGAACCCUGUUACGGUGACAAAGAUAAGCGGCGGCAUUGUUUUGCUACCUGGAAGAAUAUUUCUGGUUCCAUUGAAAUAGUGAAACAAGGUUGUUGGCUGGAUGAUAUCAACUGCUAUGACAGGACUGACUGUAUAGAAAAAAAAGACAGCCCUGAAGUGUAUUUUUGUUGCUGCGAGGGCAACAUGUGUAACGAAAAGUUUUCUUAUUUUCCGGAGAUGGAAGUGACUCAGCCCACUUCAAAUCCAGUUACGCCUAAGCCACCCUACUACAGCAUCCUGCUCUAUUUCUUGGUGCCGCUUAUGUUAAUUGUGGGCAUUGUCAUUUGCGUGUUUUGGUUGUAUAGGCGUCACAAAAUGGCCUACCCUCCUGUGCUUGUUCCAACUCAAGACCCAGGACCACCCCCACCUUCUCCAUUACUAGGUUUGAAGCCACUGCAGUUACUAGAAGUAAAGGCAAGGGGAAGAUUUGGUUGUGUUUGGAAAGCCCAGUUGCUCAAUGAAUAUGUGGCUGUCAAGAUAUUUCCAAUACAGGAUAAACAGUCAUGGCAAAAUGAAUACGAGGUCUACAGUUUGCCAGGGAUGAAGCACGAGAAUAUACUUCAGUUCAUUGGUGCCGAAAAACGGGGCACCAGUGUCGAUGUGGAUCUCUGGCUGAUCACUGCGUUUCAUGAGAAGGGUUCACUGUCAGACUUCCUCAAGGCUAAUGUGGUCUCUUGGAACGAAUUGUGUCAUAUUGCAGAGACAAUGGCAAGAGGACUGGCAUAUUUACACGAGGACAUACCUGGCCUAAAAGAUGGCCACAAACCCGCCAUAUCUCACAGGGACAUCAAAAGUAAAAAUGUGCUGUUAAAAAACAAUCUGACAGCGUGCAUUGCUGACUUUGGCUUGGCAUUAAAGUUUGAGGCUGGCAAAUCUGCAGGUGAUACCCAUGGACAGGUUGGUACCCGGAGGUACAUGGCUCCAGAGGUAUUAGAGGGUGCUAUAAACUUCCAAAGGGAUGCAUUUUUGAGGAUAGAUAUGUACGCCAUGGGAUUAGUCCUGUGGGAACUGGCUUCUCGCUGUACUGCUGCAGAUGGACCUGUAGAUGAGUACAUGUUGCCAUUUGAGGAGGAAAUUGGCCAGCAUCCUUCUCUUGAAGACAUGCAGGAAGUUGUUGUGCAUAAAAAAAAGAGGCCUGUUUUAAGAGAUUAUUGGCAGAAACAUGCUGGAAUGGCGAUGCUCUGUGAAACGAUAGAAGAAUGUUGGGAUCAUGAUGCAGAAGCCAGGUUAUCAGCUGGAUGUGUAGGUGAAAGAAUUACUCAGAUGCAAAGACUAACAAAUAUCAUUACCACAGAGGACAUUGUAACAGUGGUCACGAUGGUGACAAAUGUUGACUUUCCUCCCAAAGAAUCUAGUCUAUGAUGGUUACACCAUCUGUACACACUGAGAAAUGGGACUCUGAACUGGAGCUGCUAAGCUAAUGAAACUGCUUACAGUUUAUUUUCUGUGUGAAUCGAAGUAGGAUGGAUCCUGGAAACAUAAAGAAGACCCUUGUUGGAAGAUGUGGUUCUGGGAGAUGUUGCAUUGCCUACAGCACAGAUGUGAAGGACAUGAGACUAAGACAAGUUGCAAACUCUAAAAAAGCUUCUGAGAAAGCUCACGCGAAGAGUGUGGCCCUCUCCAAAUCAAGUAUCUUUUGGACCUGGCUAAUUGAGUGAAAACUGACAUCAGAUUUCUUAAUGUCUGUCAGAAGACACUAAUUCCUUAAAUGAACUACUGCUAUUUUUUUUUUUAAAUCAAAAACUUCAUUUCAGAUUUUAAAAAGGGUAACUUGUUUUUAUUGCAUUUGCUGUUGUUGUUUCUAUCAAUGACUAUUGUAAUGCCAAUAUGACACAGCUUGUGAAUGUUGAGUGUGCUGCUGUUCUGUGUACAUAAACAAAGUCAGCAAGUGGGGUACAGUGAAGAGGCUUCCACGCAUUACUUUAACCUCCCUCAACAAGGUAUACCUCAGUUCCACGGUUGCUAAAUUAUAAAAUUGAAAACACUAACAAAAUUUGAAUAAUAAACCAAUCCAUGUUUUGUAACAAGGUAUUACAAAUUCACUGUGUUAUUUAAGCAAAACAGGUAAGCUAUGCUUAGUGCCAAUGUUAUGUGGCCAUUCGUAAAAACAGUGUUUUAGCUUUUUCUUGUGCUGGCUUGUAAUUUAGGGGCAAAUAGUAAUGUACUUUGAAAGGAAAAAAUGGUGUCAUCUCCCCCUUCCUCUCAAGUUUAAAAGUUCCAUCUUAUAUCCAGAUCCCGAAAGAAUGCAUUAUUUCCUAAGUAUUUUUAAAAAUUUGCUGUGUUUGGGGAGUCUUUGAAAAUUUAAGGCAUGAUUUAAUUUUUUUUACAUGAGCUAUGACACUGGAAAGCUCUUCAUUUUUGUUUUUAAAAUAGAUUUUUCCCUAUUUAUAUAUGUAAAAUUGUAGUGUAUUUCUUUUCACUGAACAGUGUGUGGGACAUUCUUAAUCACUGUUUUAGGAUCACCUCAGGAAGUGUCAUUACCCCAAAUCUCUCACUUUCUGCUGUGAGACUUGUAACUUAUCAUUAUACUCCUGCUUGGUGCCAUCUUGUCAGAGUAAUAUUUGAUGUCUGUGGUAUGUAAAAAAUUAUCUAGUAUAGAGAUAUUAAACUUUAAGCACAGAUUUCAGAUGUUACUGCUUUGAAACAAAUCAGGGAUAACAAGUUAAAUCUGUAACUUAAAAUAUGCAAUGACAUUUACAGGCAACCAAUGUAUAGGUAACAGUCUAGCCUCCUGCCCAGAACUGCUUUCAUCGGUAACUGACGUUAGGGUAGUUUUUGCCUUAUCCUUGCUAACAAAGUGGAGUGGAUGGUAGGCAGGUGCCAAAGUGGUUGUGAAGUCAAUUUAGAAUAUAUAAUUGGAUUCUUCCUAAAAUUUACACAAGGCCAAAGUAAAGCUAUUUCCUAAACAUCUAGCUUGCUCACCAACAACCGACAAAUAUCCAGUAUUAUGUGCUAUUGUCAGGACAUCUAAAAAAUCCACAGUUUAAUUUUAUGAAAGAAUUUUUUACAAGUCACUAUCAGGAUCUCACUGUGAAUGUGUUAUUUCCAAAUGGUUAUUUAGCCACACAGUACACUACAUUUUACAUAUUAAUAUGCACUUAGUCUCUGGGAAUAAUAAAUUACAGUAUUUAUAUACAACACAUAGGUCGACAGACUGUAAGCAGGGAAGGAAAGAAUAACAUUCUGGUUGGUGUGCCACACAGCCUAGAGAACUGUGUUCCUGGUCACAGAUGUACCCAAGUUCUUACUGUGUUCCUAAGAACCCUCAUUUCAGUGAUGAAUUCAGGUCUUCAGUUCAAAAAGCACUUGGCCUCUCAAUUUCCUGAUUUGGUUAUUUCCACUUUAAAAUUAAUCAAGGAAGGGAAAGAUUGAGCAUGCAAAAUUGUUAAUCUCCUGGUGGCAACUUUUCUACCUAUUAUAAACAUUUGAUGCUCUUUUUAAAAGUAAAAAAAUUAAACAACAAGGGGUAUUAUAGUGAAUGUUUGGCGUACGUGAGCACUAGAGAAAUUUUACAAAAUCAGUUACUCAGAACAUAAAAUGCUUUCUCUUCAUGUUAGGAACAGGUUUUAGAAAUCCUGGGUAUUAUGCUUAAGUCUUAUAGCUAAUCAAUUUUGAAACUUGUAUCCUUUUGAGAACUGUAUGAAUAGAAACCGUUUUAUAAGCAGUAAAAUAAGAAUGUUCCAGUGACUACCUGUCCUGAUACCUAGUCUUGUUAAAACUUUCUUUUGCAGGGCAUUCAGUGUUUGGUUUACAGUUAGUACCAAGUGAGCAAGUUAUUAGCAAGUUUGAACUAGGGAUACUGGGAAAAAAAAGAUCAAAGAAUGAGAAAAAUGGUGAUUUGUUUGGGGCAAACUGAGACCCCCAUGAACUUUUCCUCAUGUGUAUGGUGCUCCUCAUGAUUCGUCCUGUGUUUUGCCUUUCUGAUCUCUUUUGGAACUGCUGCUCUUAACUCUUUACCUUGCCCAGACCUUGUGGGGAAUGCUUUAUGAUCAACUGCCAUAGGACCGAUGGGGUAACCAGUGUUCGGCUUUAUCUGAAGUCUAUGCCCUGCGCAGCUCUUGUAUGUAUUUUAGAUGCUAGGAAGUUUUCAGCAUGUGAUACGUGAUUCUUGUUUGAAUGUUUAUUACAGGUACCGUGUCAAGUCCAGAACAGAGACUGUGCCUCACAAUUGUUGGUCCCAUGAACUUGCACUCUCAUGCUGAUGUUUUGAAAAUACAAUCAGGAAGAAAAAAAGUUUAAAACUUAGAAA